GUUUAUUUAUGAAACAGAACAUCACAAUGGCAUAGCAGAAUUACUGGAAAUACUGGGAAGCAUAAUUAAUGGAUUUGCCUUACCAUUAAAAGAAGAGCACAAAAUAUUCUUAUUGAAGGUUUUGUUACCAUUGCACAAAGUGAAAUCACUCAGUGUCUACCAUCCACAGCUGGCAUACUGUGUAGUUCAAUUUUUAGAAAAGGACAGCACACUUACAGAACCAGUGGUAAUGGCACUGCUGAAAUACUGGCCAAAGACUCACAGUCCAAAAGAAGUCAUGUUUCUAAAUGAACUAGAAGAAAUUUUAGAUGUUAUUGAACCAUCUGAAUUUGUAAAAGUUAUGGAGCCUCUUUUCAGACAGCUAGCCAAAUGUGUGUCCAGUCCACACUUCCAGGUUGCAGAGCGAGCAUUAUACUACUGGAAUAAUGAAUAUAUUAUGAGUUUAAUUAGUGAUAAUGCAGCAAAAAUUUUACCCAUCAUGUUUCCAUCCUUGUACCGGAAUUCAAAGACACAUUGGAACAAGACAAUACAUGGCUUGAUAUACAAUGCUCUGAAACUCUUCAUGGAGAUGAACCAAAAACUGUUCGAUGACUGCACACAGCAAUUUAAAGCAGAAAAACUGAAAGAGAAGCUAAAAUUGAAGGAACGGGAAGAAGCAUGGGUUAAAAUAGAAAAUCUAGCCAAAUCAAAUCCCCAGUACCCAACAUAUAGUGACACAAGUUUGCUGAACAGUCCUGUUGCAAUGGAAACAGAUGGGCCUUUAAUUGAAGAUUUGCAGAUGCUGAAAAAGACAGUGAAAGAAGAGGCUUGUCAGGCACAGAAAGAUCAGAAAAAAGAUCGUCCGCUUGUGCGACGCAAGUCAGAACUGCCUCAGGAUAUCUAUACCAUGAAAGCCUUGGAAUCACAUUGCAGAGCUGAUGAAUUAAUAUCACAUGAUGGGCAUUAAACUAUUACAGUGAAAUAUUAUUUUGGAGGAAAAGUUGUUUUUUUUCUGGACUCAGUUCUACAGUAGAACUUACUUUCUUGUGCCAUACCAAUCAGUUACACACAAAGUCAAAGCUUUCUUCAACCCAGUUCUGUAGGCAAUAAUAGAGUAUGCAGCUCAAGAUUAGUAGUUCAAACAAUGGUAAAUUACUUAAUUCCACAUGCAGAAUAUUGGGUUGACUAUAAUCAAGUGGACGCAAUUUCCUGGAGGUGGUGUUAUAGCACCAGCUAGCUGAUAUCAUGCAGUUUUUAUAGUCAUAUUUGAGAAAAGCAUUCUAUGAACUCUUUCCAUCUAAGUGAAUGACCAAUAGUUGGUACUAAUGAUAAAUGUGUGUUUUCAAAAAGUAAAAUUAUUUCAAAUUUAAGUAUUAAACUUUUUCUAGGAUUUCUGAACUUUACAGUUGUCGCCACAUUGUUGCUGUCUUGCAAUAUACCAGCAGUUUUGAAAAUACACAGUUAUUCUUUCGUACUAUAAAACAUGGCUUACAAACUGGUAACUUUCAUGACAAUCCUCAAUCAUCAUUCCUUUCUAAGAAUUCUGUAAAUUUAUUUCUCAUUUACUUAGGAUAAAUAUAUAUAUCUAUAUAUACCAUGUCCUAAUACUUUAUGUAUAUUUAAAGCCAUAUUUCCCAGUCUUUAGUGUAUAUUACGGCACCAGUAUUCAAGAUAUGAACUGGUAGAAGAAUUUUUCCUAAAAUUAAAAUUUGUUUACUAUGACUGGGAAAAGACUGAAUAUAAAAUUUCAUUUUAAGUUUUUUCAAGUCAAUAAAGUACUCUUUCACUGUUUUCUCCCUUAUCUGAGCUUUUAAUACUCAGCGUUUUUCUUGGGCUCUAGGAGUUCAAUAUUCUGUGGCAGAUACUACGCGUGAUUUCAGUUGCAUCAGUUUUUAUCUGAAAGAUGAACAUAACCUUUCAGGAAACACAACAUCACAAGCUUAUUAAAUAAGAAAAAGAACAGACCCUUGAAUUCCAUUCUGCUUCUUUUCAAAUGAGUCUAAGAGCUGAGGAGAUAGUGACCAUAAUUUUACAGUGAAAAUAUUUUUUUGUUGUUGUUGUAAAGAGCACAUGUGCUGCAAAUACACCUCACAAGUGAACUGAAAAUGCAUCUGAGUUGCUGAUGAUCUUCAAAUGCUGCUAUAUAUUCCACAAGAUUACUUGCAUGUAAUGAGCUUUUUGUUGUAGAUGGGAAAGCACGGGAGGAAAAUCUCUAAAAAAUAUAGUGCUUUGUCUUCAAUAUUUGAUUUCUCUCAGGGUGGCCAGUAUUUUGACUUACUUAUCCUGCUUACAAGCUGUUUGAAAUGUGUUCUGCUAUUCUAAAUGGGUGAUUAGUUUCUUUUGUCUCUGGCAGUAACAUGAUAUAACUUAAUGUUUAAUGUCUUGAUGCAUAAAGAGAUAAAAACGCAGCUUCUUUAAAAACAGUUUUGUUUUACUUUUUAAGGAAGUAUAAUGUCUCCUGCAUCCAUUCAAAAAAAAAUGCGCAAAGCAGACAUUUGUAGUAACCUUGUGCAUAUGUAGUGCCUGCUGUUUGUUGGUUGCAUUUAACAUUCAAAUUCUGGUAUUUGUCAUGUUGUCUAUUGGAAGACAAUUGAGGGUGGUAAUUAUUGGCUUAAAACACCUAAAUUUAAAGACCAACCCAACUUUUAAGUGGAACGUCCACUGUGUCUAAAAACAUUUCCUGUAAAACUUGAAAAAGAAUAUGCUUUACCAUUAGGAUAAACUAUAUUAAAACAGUUUAAAGAUGCCUUCUCCUUUUGAGGGAAAAAGGGUGCUUUUUUAAUUGUGUAAAGCAAUGUCAGUGUAUUUUGAUAUACCAUUGUUUGAACUUCCAUCUUUAGCUGGUAGAUUAUCAGUUACCUUUGAUUUUGGGUGUAUGUUUGUGCAAGAGGUUGCUGAAAGGAAUUAUGUUACCCAAAGGAGCAAAAAAAAAAAAAAAAGUAUAUCAAUGUUUGAUUGAUUGUGUGAUGCUCAACGUAUAAGAACAUCUUUCACUGUCUAGAUUUUAUUUUUGUUCUUUAUUGAAGAUAAACACUCACCAAAAGGGAAAUAUUACGGUUUUUUUAAAAGCUUAAAUUUCAUCAUGAAGUCAUAUUUGAAGUUUUGGGCUACUGAAAUUUGCUUAACAAUAUUCCAAAAUCUGUCACCACUAGUGGGUUAGCAUGUUUAUUAUCAAUAUUUAUAAAGUUCUAAUAAUCCUGUACAAAACCAUUCUAAAACUAAAACAUCCAAAAUAAAAAGCAAAAUUAAAGUAGAAUUUUGGUGAUUGUUUUUCUUCAUAAAGGUCUGUCUGAAACCUUCCCCAGUUUUCCAAAAUUACACCUGUACAUCAGGAAUGUCAAAAGUAAUAUUACAAGUGUCUUUUUAGUGUGGCUUUAGUAUGGCUUCAUUUUAAUAUUGUACAUACAUUGUACCUUGUUUUAUGGUAAUAAGUAAUAAAAAUGUAGACUUCAUAUUUUGUACAGAAUCGUCCUAUGUACAGAAUAAAAAGUUCCUAGAAACAGCAAA